UUGAGUUGGAUCUCAAGAGGAAACAACAGAACCACACACACCUCAGCAGCACAUCCAAAAUCAAGAAAAUAUUUUGGUAGAAAGUGGAAAGUUCAUAUUUUUUAUCUGAAAAAGAAAAAAAGAAAACUAUAUGAGCGCUCUGGUUUCUCUUUGCAGUGUUCCUUCUUAUGUACAGAACAAACAAUUUUACUCAACAAACAAUCUUUCCAAGAUUGCUACAGUAGUUCCUCAGAUGUCCUUGUCUUCAUCAAUUUCUAACCAACACGAAAGUAAAUGUUUAUUGCCAGUUGAAGCUCCAUUGAAAGCGAUAUUAUUUGAUAUUGAUGGAACGUUAUGUGAUUCGGAUCCUAUACACUACUAUGCCUUUCGAGAAAUGCUUCAAGAGAUAGGUUUUAAUGGUGGAGCACCUAUAAGUGAGGAAUUCUUCAUAAAGAAUAUUAGCGGUAUGCACAAUGAUGAACUCUGUCAUGUACUCUUCCCGGAUUGGGAUUUCGAAAGAGCUAUCAAAUUUAUGGAUGAUAAGGAAGACAUGUUUAGAAGAGUUGCAUCGGAACAGCUAAAACCAUUGAAUGGGCUUGAGGAGGUAUGCAAAUGGAUUGAGGACCACGGUCUGAAACGAGCAGCUGUCACUAAUGCUCCAAGACCAAACGCUGAGCUGAUAAUCUCAAUGCUAGGCCUUUCAGAUUUCUUUGAACUACUUAUCAUCGGAAGUGAAUGUGAACGAGCAAAACCUUUUCCGGACCCUUACUUGAAGGCUCUUCAAGAACUAGGAGUAUCUCCUAAGCACGCGUUUGUUUUUGAGGAUUCUAUUUCUGGAAUAAAAGCAGGAGUUGCUGCUGGAAUGCCGGUUGUAGGUUUAGGUCUGAGGAACCCCGAAAAAUUACUAUCAGAGGCCGGGGCAACAUUUGUUAUCAAGGAUUUCAACGAUUCGAAGUUAUGGACAGCUCUAGAAGAGUUGGAAACAGAAAUUCAUGCAUGAAAGAUCAAAACAUGAGUCGGAAACUGGUGAUGUACAAAUCUAUCAUUAUCUUUAGUACGAUCUGGCUUCACACCUCUCGCCUAUCGGAACACCAAUACAAUCUUGAAAGCUGAAGUAGGUUUGUUAUAUGAUCAGCAUAAAGGUUAUUAUUUUCCUUAACUAAUUUGAUUGAACAUCUAAACAAACUUCAAAGUGGUUUGUUGUAUGUCGAUCCACUAUGAUCUAUCCAUUUUUAUGUGAUGCUCUUUCUUUUUA